AUGGCGACUUGUCUGCCUGGAGGCGCUCCUCCCCUGGAUCUAGAGAGGAUCGAUAGGAGCAUGACGUAUCAGCCCUCUCAGCGGGUCACCAUCUCCUGCGGCACCGUCUGCCUCGAUUUCGAGCAAUCGCCGGCAAAGGUCAUUAUUAUUUACAACAAGAAGCUCGACAUCUACCAGCUGCCCAAGGGACGCAAGAAUAUCGGCGAGGGCUUGGAAGAUGCCGCCAUGCGCGAGACGUGGGAGGAGACGGGCGUCACACCGCGCCCUCUGCCCUUGAAAGUCGCCACGAGAUCAACCCUGCCCUCAAAGAUGAAGGACACGCCAGAGAUAUCCUCCACAGAAGACUCGGACUCGUCUGCUGAUGAGGGCCCCAUAGAUCCGGGUUUGACGACGACUCUGCCCAAUAAUGAGUUCAUCGCUACGGUUCACUACCUGGACCUGCAGGCGGCGACCCCCGAUACCGAGAAGACGGUGUUCUUUUUCGCUGCCGCUGCGGACUCGACCCAGCCGUUUGGAAGCCACGGCCAGGAAGACCACGAGAAGCUGAGGGCCGAGUGGGUUGAUAUCGACAUGGCACUGGACCUGCUGCGUUUUGAGGCAGAGAAGAACGUCGUCAGGAAGGCUGUUCAGGAUGCAUCCAGGACGGGUUACCGGGCCUGA